AAGGGCGGCGGCGGCGGCAGAACCCGGCUGGGACAUCGGGCUGGCGGUGCGCUAGUGGGUGCAUGGAGGCUGCCGGGGGCGAGCGGGCGCCGCUGCUGGGCGCACGGCGUGCGGCGUUCGAGGGCCGGCGCGCGGCGUGCGCUGCCGUGCUGCUGACGGAGCUGCUGGAGCGCGCCGCCUUCUACGGCAUCACGGCCAACCUGGUGCUGUUCCUUAACGGCACGCCGUUCGGCUGGGAGGGCGCGCAGGCCAGCCAGGCGCUGCUGCUCUUCAUGGGCCUCACCUAUCUGGUGUCGCCAUUCGGCGGCUGGCUGGCUGAUGCGCGGCUCGGCCGGGCGCGCGCCAUCCUGCUCAGCCUGGCACUCUACCUGCUUGGCAUGCUGGCCUUCCCGUUGCUGGCCGCACCCUCGACCCGCACGGCGCUCUGCGGGGUCCCCGGCCCUGCGCGCGUCCGCAACUGCUCUGCGCCGCCAUGUCCCGACGCGCCCCCUCGCUACUGCGCGCCCGCCGCUCUGUCAGCGCUGGCGCUCGUGGGCCUUGGCGUGGGCGCUGUCAAGGCCAACAUCACUCCCUUUGGCGCCGACCAGGUUAAAGACCGAGGUCCAGAAGCUGCGAGAAGAUUUUUUAACUGGUUUUAUUGGAGCAUUAACCUGGGAGCAAUUGUCUCGCUGGGAGGCAUCGCCUACAUUCAGCAGAACGUCAGCUUUGUCACUGGCUACAUCAUCCCUACUGUGUGUAUCGGCGUCGCUUUCAUGGUCUUCCUCUGCGGCCAGACCUUCUUCAUCACUAAACCUCCCGAUGGCAGUGCCUUCACUGACAUGUUCAAGAUCCUACUGUAUUCGUGCCGUCCCCAAAAGCGAGUCAGAGAACACAGUCCUAGUGGUGAAGGCAUUGGAGUCUUUCAGCAAUCUUCUAAACACAGUCUGUUUGAUUCAUGUAAGAUGUCUCGAGGAGGGCCAUUCCCAGAAGAUAAAGUGGAAGAUGUGAAAGCUCUUGUCAAGAUUGUCCCAGUUUUCUUGGCUUUGAUACCUUACUGGACAGUGUAUUUUCAAAUGCAGACCACGUAUGUUUUACAGAGUCUUCAUUUGAAGAUUCCAGAAAUUUCCAGCGUUACUACCAAUCCUCAUACGUUUCCUGCAGCCUGGCUGACGAUGUUCGAUGCUGUGCUUAUCCUCCUGUUAAUUCCCUUAAAAGAUAAACUGGUUGAUCCCAUCUUGAGAAGAAAUGGCCUGCUCCCUUCAUCUUUAAAAAGGAUAGCUGUUGGAAUGUUCUUUGUGAUGUGUUCUGCCUUUGCCGCAGGAAUUUUGGAAAGCAAAAGACUGGACCUCGUGAAGGAGAAAACCAUUAACCAGACCAUUGGAAAUGUUGUUUACUACGCGGCCGACUUGCCCAUCUGGUGGCAGGUGCCCCAGUACGUGCUGAUCGGCAUCAGUGAAAUAUUCGCGAGCAUCUCAGGCCUGGAAUUUGCAUACUCGGCUGCCCCCAAGUCCAUGCAGAGUGCCAUCAUGGGCCUGUUCUUCUUCUUCUCUGGUGUUGGAUCGUUUGUGGGCUCAGGGCUGCUGGCGCUGGUGUCCCUCAAGGCCAUAGGGUGGAUGAGCAGCCACACGGACUUUGGCAACAUCAAUGGCUGCUAUUUGAACUAUUAUUUUUUUCUUCUGGCUGCUAUUCAAGGAGCCACCCUCCUGCUUUUCCUCAUUGUUUCUGUGAAAUACGACCGGCAGCGGUCAAGAGCGAACGGCAUGCCCACCAGCAGGAGGACCUGAGGCUCCUGCACCCAUUAGGUCUGUUGGACGAACAAAUCCAGGGGAAGGAGCUGCAGGAGCUCGGAGAGUGGGCGGGAUUUCACGUAGCCGCCAGUGGCUAACUUUCCUAAAACUUGCAUGAUUCCUGGAUGGUUUCUUUUCUACCCAGUGACCUAGGUAAGUGCCUUCCUGGAGCAGAAGUGCAGAUGUGCCAUGCAUUGCUUCUCACCACUCAAGAACCUGGAAAUCCUGCAGCCAGUUUCCUCUCCAACAAAUGCUUGCCGACGCAGAUGCAGGGUCUCAGGAGAUGACACCCAUACUGGUUGGCAUCCAGUAUUUUAAACAGAUAUCUGGAGUUCCCUGGUGGCUCAGUGGGUUAAGGACCCAGCGUUGUCACUGCCGUGGCUUAGCUCGCUGUCAUGGCGCAGGUUUAAUCCCUGGCCCGGGAAGUUUUUGGCUGUGAGCACAGCCAGAAAGCAAAAACAACGCAAAUAUUAUCUCCUUUUCCAUAAAAGACCAUCUCAGUUACUUCUUUUACCUUCAUAUUGAGGACUGGGAGAGUUUGUUAAGAAGUAAAAGUGUGGUUAGAUGCUGCAAAGCUCCUGUAGAGAAGUCAUGCCUGUGGUUUCUUUCACAAGCCACUAAUCUUGCCAGCGCCAGUUUCCUUGGUACAAGCCGGUACGGAAUAUAUUUUAUCUGCUGCUUCAAAUAAUACUCAUUUUUUAAACUAUUAACAUUGCUUUUUUGUUGUUUCCUUAAGAAUGUGCUAUUUCAUACAAUAUUUAAGACCACAGGUUCCAUCUCAGUCUGCAAAGCACCCUAAUGUGUGUUCAAAGCCUUGCUGAGUCAGUCCUGUGCAUAAUUCCGUUUCUGUACUGUUGAGCCUGGAAACCCAUCACAGGGUCGGAAAGAGAGCCCUUCUGAACAGCAUGGGUGUGGUUGGAGGUGGUUGGAGGUGGUUGGAAGUGAUAAUGUGAACUUGAACUCUGGAUGCUCACCGACUUUGGUGGGGGUAUUUUAUGUGUAUGUGGAGGUUCUCAUUUUGUUUAAUAAACUAUUCUUUAUCUGUUGCUGUA